UGUCAAUCGCGAACCUCUGACGUGUCAAAGAACCUCCGGCGACUUCAGCGUCGCAGCCGCUUGUCAAGUUGGAGAUGUUCCUUCUUUCGGCGAACCUCCCCAGAUCCCUCGUUCUCUAGAAACAGACGAAAUGGAGCGAAUCGGUCUUGCGUUUCUGCAGUCUGUUCGAGCGAAAACAGAGAGAGAGGUCGGAAGCCAGACACACGAGUUCUUCCCGCGUUUCUCUGCGGGCAAAAGCAUGCUUGUUACUUGCGCAUGCAAGCGUCUGUGGUUUCGCGUGUCUCUACCUCGAUGCGUUUCUCCCCAAGACUGUUCCUUCCAACGCGACGAAGAAACGGACGAAGGAGGUGGAAAGAAACAAAAACAGAAAUAAGGCGAGAGAUCGUCUGUAGAGACGCUUGACUUGCGGAGAAGGACCAGUUAGGAAACCCCGCCCGUUCAGCGCCUCUGGCGGUUCUGCAUGCACUUUUCUCUCAUGUUCGAGAUAUUUUUUCUCCCUUUGCAGGUCUGAGAUGCCCUUGAAGAAUGCGCACUUCACUGCGCUGUUUCUCGGGACUUGUUGCGUCUUUUCCUUCCGCCGUUUCCAUCCGAGUCCACUUCAAGGAGCAGUCCCCAGGUCUGUGCAGGGAUUCAAGGAUCUGCGCGCUGCGCGUAGUCCUUGCGCGUGAAGCUCUUGAAGAAAACAACGGGUUCCUUUCUCCUUUACGCGGAAGACUGGAAGAAGUCUGGCCUGGGAACUGCUGUUAGUCGCUCGCGACAGUGCAGAACUGGCGGUAAACGACUUGUCAACGGUGCUGGGCGACUCGCGCGCGUCCGAGAGAGGAAACUGAAGCGCUUCACCGUCGAAAAGUGACGAACGGGUGGUUCAGAGCCGAGCUGCGAGCAGGCUGGUUUUCAGGUUGUCUUUCAGAGUCAGUUUUUAUUGCACGGCUGGUGCCUCUGCUUCUCUACACCGUCGGAUCUGUGCAGUGCGCGGUGGGCGUUUCUUCCGUUCUCAAUUUCUCUCUGUCUGUUUUGUCACGCUUCGCAUUUUGACAGUUUCUCUCCACCGAUAACUUUUCCUUGUUCUUCUGCCGCCUGCAUCUGCUGACCUGGCUCCCUCGACGCCGCCUCCUCGCUCCUACCGUUCUGUCCGUCUCUCUGGAAGUUUUUUUUCUUUCGCGCGCUCUUCUGGGCCUCCGUCCCUUUCGUUCUUUUGCCUUCUCCCUUUUCUCGCGUUGGACCCCCCCGUCUCCAAGUUCUGCCGACCUCGUGCUGUCUCGCCACCAACUUCCUGCUCUUUUCUGACAUGUCUUCGUUGGCGCUUUACCAGUCUCACGGGAAGCCCCGGCCGCCAGCAAAAGGGAGUUUUCCAAUCGACCAUUUGGGCGAGUGCACAGAUGUAAAAAAGAAAUAUUUGGCUUGUCUGUCGCGUCGGCAGCAGGUUGCUCCGCGCGCGGAUGCGGAAGGCGCUUCGACUUCCUUGUCAGAGGCGGCCGAAAGGAAAUGGGAUCACCUGCCUUGCAGACGCUACGCACAGGAGUACCUCCAAUGUCGCAUGCAACACAACCUGAUGGCGGCUGAGGACAUGACCGCACUGGGCUUUAAGAACGGGCAACCGGACGAAACCGGAGAUCCGCGGCCGCAGGAUGAGUUCCGCCGACCUCCUUCUCCAGAGAGCUGCGGGAAGCCUCCGGCUUUGCAGGUGGCGCCUUCGUCGCUCACCGCGCCAGCACCGAGUCUGAGGUCCCCUGGCCUGACUCUGUCACGGGGGCUUCUGCCGAGAAGAGAUGACAGGAGUCGAACAACGUCGGAGGUCUCCUGCUCGGGGAUAGAGGGGAGGUCGGCCGGAGCCUCGGCACCGGGAGCGGAGGCGGAGGAGCAACCCAAGAAAAGAGAGAAGAAAACGCGAGUGAAAACCAAGGAAGACGAGGGAUUCGUUGCGGGAUGCGGCGCCAUUCGACCGUACACAGAGCGCGGAUUCUUCGGAAGGAUUUUUGCUCGAUACUCCUGGUCAGGAGAUUUCUUCAAGGCUCUCUACGUGAACGUUGGAGGGGCGCUCCGGUCGCCAGACCGGUGAACACCGAGAGCGAGCGACAUACGCAGACGAUCGCAAGUUGCAUGCGCGUUCACGGAACUGGCGAGUUGCGUUUCAUAGGGAUUUCGGCGUCUUCUGCAGUCCAUGCUUCUUUGCACUCGGAAAAACGCGCUGCUUGCACAUCUGUGGAGGGGAUCAACACACAUCAAUGUUUGCGGGGCGAAUGCAGGUCGUUCCCUGACAUGGGGAGCCCAACUGGGACUUGACCACGGGAGCGGCUCGACCGUUUUCAAAUCUGUUUCAGCGAGGUGAAAAUGAGCGCAUGCAGAUGCGUCUGGAACGCAUCGCCCACCACGCAACGACAGCAUACCGCGAUUCUCGAACGCGUGACGCGGAAAGUCGGCUGCUUUUCAAAAGAGUCUCUACAGCUUUCCGAGCUCCGGGAACAACGGUGCGUCUCGCGCCCCUCCUGCGAUUCUCCUCUCACACACGCGUGUACCGAGAAAUGUACGUUUUAUGGAGUUGCAGAAAGUAUCGAAAUCCAACGGCGCGCUAACUGCCGCGGCCUUGUCCAGAGACUUCUGCAAGGAACAUGGGCGAGCUCCGGAAUGAGAGCAUAAGUACUGUGCCUUUUUUUCUCGGCAUCGUAUGUAGACGAGCGAAGGCGCCGGCAGUCCACGGGUCUACUGUUCGUGGACCGGCAUGAGCAGCCUCUUCUAUACGAAUGCUAAAUGUACGUUGAUGAUGACUAGGUACUCAACAACGGAAACCGGCGGGAUAUUGAAACCGAAGGCGUCCCACCAGGUGUGUGCCAGGUGCGGGUAGAGUUUCUCGGCGGCAGACUGGGUGACUUUUCCGCUUAUCGAUAGUUAUCACCGUCAAACGCAGUACCCGAGAUUGAUGUCCCCAUCAACAGGAAUCAUUUUC